UUAACAAUUAGAGUCAAGUGGACAGCCAACAUAAGAAAGAUGAAAAUUCCACCGUUGAACGUAGGCAACAUCAUUACACCGGAGCCUCAUUAUAUUCCCGGUUACACUGGCUACUGCCCUCAGUUGAUGUACCGGAUCGGCAAUACCUACUCAUCGCUAUCACAUAAGCUGCUAAUUGAUCCAACGGUUGCCCAUGCGGAGAAGCUCAUUCUGGCCGAUCGGUCCACGGAUGAGUAUCAGGUUAAUCGUCCGACCAUCAAGGAGAUAGAUCCCACCGGAGUGAUCGUCCCGCGACAUGAGGAUGAAGACGUUCGGGAUUCCAUCUACCACAAACCGUUGAUGCCCGGCUAUGAGGGAUACAUUCCGCGAACGCAGAGCAAGUACGGACGGCGGUAUGCCGUGGUGACAAGCGAAGGUUUGAGUGAAUUCGAACGCGAAUGCCACAGGAACAGGGCCCAGAUGAAGAAGCUUCGACACCGGACAGCACAGCCGAUCUCGACGAUUUCCGAGUACAGUUUGGGUGAUCGGAUGAAGUUCCACAAAAGCGACUAUCGCUUCCCGCUGGAAUCCACCCGACCGGAAGCACCGGGAGUCUGCAAGGAGGUACCGUUUGAAAAUUUGCCGCCGUUGCCAAGUCUACCCUAUUCCCGCCAAACGUCACCAUAUUUCAUGCAGAACGGAAACGAGGACAAGUACUUCAAAUUAGGUUAUACCGGUCACAAGCCGUUCCUGUGGCCACGGUUUGGUGAGCCGAAUGUGUCCGUGACGAAGAAGUCGUUGUGUGAUUUCACCAACAGUUACCAGCACAGACGGAGCACCGAGUGGGUACCGAUUGCACCGGCUGGAACUGGGACUUGCCAACCGAGUGCGACGGUUAAUGAGAUCUACAUGAAGAAUAUUGGGUUGGUGCCGAGUUACAAAGGUCACGUUCCCGGUGCCAUGUUCAGGUUUGGUACAACCUUCGGAAACGAUAGCAAAGAUGCAAAAAGAUGCCUAAAGAAAUGUUACGACGAUUAA